AUGAAGGAAUAUCUCAUAAACUGCACAGUACAAAGCGAAUUUCACCUCCUGGCGUUCUCUAUCUCUGCAGGCCUUCAGCUUCUGCUCUUCACUGGGAUCCUGGUAAUGUACUUACUGACAUUGCUGGGGAACCUGAUUAUCACUGGUCUUAUAUAUCUGACCCCACAGCUCCACACUCCUAUGUACUAUUUCCUGUGUAACCUCUCAGUGCAGGACAUCGUCUACGUCUCCAGCGUUCUUCCAAAAUUCCUCUCUAUCCUGGUAACAGGUGAUGCCAGAAUUACCUUCCCAGCAUGCAUCACACAGAUGUUCUUCUUCCUGUUUUGUAUUGGAGCAGAGUUUUUACUCCUAACAUCUAUGGCCUAUGACCGCUAUGUUGCCAUCUGUAUCCCUCUGCACUAUGCAACCAUUCUGACCAAAAACCUGUGUAUUUCACUAUUUUCUGUCUCCUGGAUUGUUGGCUUCUUGACUUCAAUACUAUAUACUGUGCUUGUAUCUACUUUAUCAUUCUGCAUUUCCCAAAACAUUCCUCAUAUUUUCUGUGAUCCGAAGACUAUGGCGGCUCUCUCUAGUAGUGAUAUCACAGGCAUGAUGAUGUUGAUAAUUGGGGCAAGUUUAUGCUUGGGGCUUACCCCCUUUGUGCUGAUACUAACCUCUUAUACAUGUAUAAUUGGGACUAUCAUAAAGAUCCGUAGCUCAGCGGGGAGACUGAAGGCAUUUUCCAGCUGCUCGUCCCACCUCACUGUUGUAUUACUAUUGUUCGGUACCUCGCUUAUUUCCUCCAUGAUCCCAGAGUCGCAGCACUCUCCCAAACAAGACAAAUUGCUCUCCUUGUUGUACACGGCGGUGGCUCCAAUGCUAAAUCCUCUGGUGUAUACUCUGAGAAACAAACAGGUUCUGAGAGCCAUGGGCAAUAUGUUACAGAGGUACAUAAAAAAAUAA